AGGCGGCCGCGGUGAUGGGGGGGGGGCUGCCAUCCCCGUCUUCUCUCCGCCUCCUCCGACUCGCGCCUCAACUGGAUGGUGGGCUUGCGAUACUAUUUUUUCUUUCGUCGUCCACUGGGUUGGAUUCGGAGUGCCAGCAAGUUAGAUGCCGGGGUUGGUCAUUUCCAUCAGCAGUAGUAGCAGCAGCAGCGUUGUCGCGAUGUAUUGCUUGUUUCGGAGGAGAAGCAUCCGGAGGUAAAGGAGGAGGAGGAGGAUAGAUGUAGAGCAGGCCAAGGCAUUCGGUAUCUCGCAGGAUCAUGGGAUGGUUCGAAGCGAUGUGGAAGGAGGACGUGGUGCCGUUGCCUCGGAGGACGUUGUCGGUAGUGGGAGCGACUCAGUGUGCACAUCGACCGCCUCGCAGCCCCCUCCUGCGUCGUCGUCGUCACAGGGCAGCGGCGUCAAAUCGGCGCCUUCCUCGGUCGGGAGCGUUUCAGUGAGAGGAGUUGGCGCUGAGAGCAGCCAGCCGCAGUCGAAGACGACGACAACCACCACCACCACCACUACUACGACCACGACGCAUCCGAUGGGGGCACUCGGUAUGAUGCAGCAAGUAAAGGGGCGGCAGGAUUUCCAGAGGCUGCUGGAGGCGCAGCAGGAUCUAAUAUGUCGUUACCAUACUCACGAGCUGAAGGCUCACCAGUGCGGGAGCAUCCUGCUGCAACAGAUUAAGGUGCCGUUGCCGAUCGUGUGGGCGAUUGUGCGCAGUUUCGACAAGCCUCAGGUCUACAAACGUUUUAUUCAAACUUGCAAGAUCACUGAAGGCGAUGGUGGCGUGGGAAGCAUCCGGGAGGUCCAUCUGGUCUCCAGUGUUCCAGCCACUUGCAGUAUUGAACGCCUCGAGAUUUUGGAUGAUGAGAAACAUAUCAUUAGCUUUCGGGUGCUGGGCGGGGGCCACCGUUUGCAGAACUACUCUUCCGUGUCAUCUCUGCACGAGCUCGAAGUUGAAGGCCACCCUUGCACUCUCGUCCUGGAGUCGUAUAUGGUAGAUAUUCCCGAUGGAAACACUCGCGAGGAGACGCAUAUGUUUGUGGAUACUGUGGUUCGCUGCAAUUUGAAAUCUUUGGCUCAGAUUUCGGAGCAGCAGUAUAACAAGGAUUGUUUGCAACAGAAACAGCAUGACCAGCAGCAGAUGUAUCAGCAGAGACACCCGCCACUUCCUCCUAUUCCCAUUACCGAUAAAAAUAUGGAAAGGUCCAGUACUGUAAUUUGCACCUGAACGGACAUUUGUCGGAAUUCGCUUGACUUCGAUAGUGAUGUUUAUAAUAGAACUACCACUGAUUCGUGAAUAAUGUCAUUUUUGCCCUAUCUAUCGUGGCUUAUGAGCUGCUCAUGUUUUGGUCGCCACUGUUAGUGAGUCUCCAUGCAUAUACAUACUCGUCUGUGUUUGACAUUGGGAUUACAUUGAACGUGCACAUUGUUGGGAUUAGUUCGUCCUGCUGUACAUCGCUGCUACCUCCGGACUGGUAGUGGGGUUUUUUUGUAUUACUUUUGUGGAAAGUAAGACUACGCAUUUGUGUGGCCUGCCGAAGCGCAGUUGUCAGUUUGAUUGACACUCACUGUAAUUUUGAUUUCAUGAAUAUUAUGACCCAGUGCACAUCGUGUCUACGGCACGGCGAUGGCUCUGUUUUUUUC